AUUGGAUCCUGAACGAAUUGAGAUUCAUACAAAACUCAACUUGCACUUCUCUUAAUAUUCCUUUGUAUGAAACUAAAAAUAAAUUGUCUUACAUGGGUUGCAUGGAAGAGAAAGUUUACCACAAGUUGCAGCAAAUACAACUGAUAAGAGCCAGUAUGAUUUUCAAUCAUUGUCUGUAUGUGAGACUUUUACAGUUUCUGAAUGCAGUAAUUGAAAUGGAAUUCAUCUUAAAGAGUUAAAUUCAUGUUGCUUAUACGCCAGUCAAGCAAAAUUUUAUCAGUAUUAGCCGUAGAAUCAGUCUGUAGAUGUUAUGAUGUUGCAUUGGAAAGUAUGUUUAAGAGAAACGCAAACAUGUUUUCAAGCAAGUUUCAUUCCCUUCAAUACUCGUGUGAGUGUGAGCCAAUGGAGAUAAAGGGUCUGCAACUUGGUUUGGAUGGACCCUUUUGCCUUUGGUCAAGAAAAGCAACCAAAGAUUAGGUUCAGACUUAACGGUACUUGGGACUUGGGGUGAGUAACACACCAGAUACUUUAGUACUUUUCGUCGUUUUCUUUUACCUGUACAAGAUUAAGUAGCUUGAAUUAUGAGGAUAAGAUCAUAACUCAGUUUGCUGAUUCUCCUUGUGCCUUGAAAUGAAAAUUACUCUUCUGUAUGAAAUAGUUUCAUGUGCAUACAUUAUUACUCUCAAUGGCAAAGGUCAAGGUUUGCAAAAGAACUUGUCAGGUUUAUUAUUCCAAGCUGUAAGCUGCCUGUCUUUAGCAAAAAGCAGUGGAUGAAAACCAGAUUACAGGGAUCCCAACCAGUACUUAUGAAGCAUACUAGGUUGUUUUAAUUAGUUCCAACCAUGUCACACAUUGUUUUAUGAUGAUCUCAACCGUUUGAAAUUUACAUGUAAAGCAAGUAGUAAAAUUGGAAAAUCUUGAAUAUACCUAUUGCAUAUGGCUUAAAUUUAAGCUAAUAUGGAUCCCCCAUUGCCAGCAUGAAACCUUUCUGGACUGCUGCUUUGCAAGUCUAAAAAUACACUUUCUUCUAUAAAUGAUUUGCCGAAGAGGCCAACCUCAGCCUCAGAAAAUCAACAGAAAAAACGGUUUGUUAUUAGGGAAAAACUGUAGGCACCAAAUUACACCCAUGCAAAAGCUAUGUAUCCAACCCAAACCAGAACAUACAGAACCAACAAACAAGAGUUUUUCCCAUUUGCAAGUCUCUCUCUUCCAGAUUAAAAGGGGGCAGGGCAAUCCUCCUCUCUGCACUACUCAGAAUCUGCAGAAAUGGGUUGUGGUGAAUCCAAGCACGUAGCAACCGGAAACACCAUCAGCCGGAAGAAUUCAAGAGCUGAAUCCAAGAGGGGCAAAACCUCGGAAGCCAUUGCAGAAACAAGCAAACAGGGUAGCAACACGAGCUCAAUAUUGGUGCAAGAGGAAGGCCAGAAAGUCGAUCAGGACUCUUUUAAUUCCAGCGCUGUGGCUGAUGAGGGGAAGGACAUAACUGAGAGCACAGAAUUGAAGAAAGAGGAGAAUGUAGAGGCAGAUAAGGAGAAGAAAAGUGGGGUUGUGGAAGAGAAUGAGGAACCUAUUCAGGGAAUUGCAUUGGAGGGAACGUCUGGAAGGUCGGAGUAUUACUCUCCACGAGAAGAGGCUGGGAAAGAGAGCUUGUUCAAUGAGAAUGUGAACCUGGCUGAAGAGACAAAAGAAAAAGCUGUGGAGGAAAACGAAUUGGCUCAAGGGACAAAAAUAGAGGCCAAAGAAGGAAUUGUGGAGGAUAAAAAAUUGGCUGAAGAGACCAAAGAAGAAACUGUGCAGGAAAUAAUACUUGCUGAAGAGACAAAAGAAGAAGCUAAAGAAGAUAUCGUGGAGGAUAAAAACCUGGCUGAAGAUGCAAAAGAACAAACUGUGGAGGGUGAAAAACUGGCUGAAGAGAAAACAGAAGAAACUGCAAAUGGAGAACCCGAAGCUGUGAAGAAAGAGAACUUGGUAAAAGAAACAGAAACAGCAGAAACUACUGAAGCUGAAGCUCCAACCCCUGCUAAGAAAGAGGAAGAAACAGCCGUUGCUUCACCAGCCGAGGAUUUGAAGACAGAGUGAAACCUUUGAAGCUGUCUUAUCUGCGUUUAUCAGACCCUUUGUAUACUUCAAUUUCAUGUAUUAAUACCAUACUCCUCCUCGAAACCCUGCUCAGAGAAACAUGUGAAAGUGUUAAGAAUUUAACAUGCAACUCAAAAAGUUUGUCUAAAUAUGUGUUUCUUUAUGGAAUAUUGUGGCUUGCGUUGAUA